ACAAUACCUAAGCAAAAAAAACCAAAUUAUUUUGGGAGCCAAAGGGUUACUUAUACAAAAUGAGUCGAGUCUUCCUUGCCUUAGUCAUCGUGAUCUUUCACCUCGUCUGUGCAACUUCAGGGCAGAUUACGAUGCACGUCAUUAGCGACGUGCCUGACAAACCCAUCGGCCAUUUACAAGUUCAUUGUAAAUCUGGAGAUGAUGAUCUUAAAAUGCGGACACUCAACGAUGGUGGCGAAUUCAAUUGGACAUUUUACGACAACAUCAGACAAACCACGCUCUUCUUUUGUCACUUCUACUGGGGUUCGAAAGACCGAGUGUUUGACGUUUUCAAUCGCAAGAUAGAUCACUUUUGUUCGCCUGGCAAUGAUAAUUACGAUUGCUAUUGGGUCGCAAGGGUCGAUGGUUUCUACAUCAGCCGUAAUAAAAAGGAGUGGACGAAAAUGUAUGAUUGGAUGUAGGCAAAUAUUUUUGAUGUAACAAAAGCCAUCAUAUAAUGUGGCUACUUUAUAAUAAAGUGAGAUACCAAAAAAAUUACAAAGUAAGCCUCUAAUAUUAAAGUUUUAAGGCUUUUUAA